GGGGGAACGAGAGCGAGAGGGAGAGCCGGCGAGAGACAUGGAUGGCCCGGCGCGAUGCAACGGGCUUCGGAAGAAGCGGCGAUCGCGGUCCCAGCGCGACCGGGAGCGGCGAGCCCAGGGCGGGCGGCGCGGCGGGGCCGCCGGCGGGGCCCCCGGGGCCGCCGCGCUCUCCUCCUCGGGCUCCGAGAAGGAAGACAAUGGGCCCCCGCCGCCGUCCCGGCCGCGGCCCCCCCGGAGGAAGCGGCGGGAGUCCUCCUCGGCCGAGGAGGACAUUAUCGACGGUUUCGCGAUGUCCAGCUUCGUCACUUUCGAGGCGCUGGAGAAGGACAUAGCUCUGAAACCUCAGGAACGUGUGGAGAAGCGACAGAACCCUCUGGCCAAGAAGAAGCGGGAAGCACUUACCAAUGGGCUGUCGUACCUUCCCAAAAAGAACAGGCUCCACCACCACCAGUACAGCUCCGACCGGGAAAAUGACCGGAACCUGUGCCAGCACCUCGGCAAAAGGAAGAAACUCCCCAAGGGCCUCAGACAGCUCAAGCCAGGUCAGAACAGCUGCCGAGACAGUGACAGUGAGAGCGCGAGCGGGGAGUCCAAGGGUUUCCAUCGAAGUAGCUCCCGGGAAAGACUCAGCGACAGCUCAGCUCCUUCCAGCUUGGGAACAGGCUACUUUUGUGACAGCGACAGUGAUCAAGAAGAAAAGGCAUCUGAUGCCAGCUCUGAGAAACUGUUCAACGCUGUCACAAAUAAAGAUAAGGAGUUAGGAGUCGGUCCGCCCGCUGAAAAUGACGACCCUGGUGCUCGGGGCCCGGCUGUCCCCAAAAUAUCGGGAUUAGAAAGGAGCCAAGAGAAGAGCCAGGACAGCAGCAAAGACCCAGUCCUCGAGCCCGUGGUGCCUAAAGACCCUUGUCCUCAGGCGGCGCAGCCCCUGGCCCAGCCUCCCCCCGAGCCGCCCCAGGCCCGGUGCCCCAGCCCCGCGCUCGCCCCGCGCCCGGAGCUGCCCGUCCCGCCACCCCCACCGCUGCCCCCCGCCCCCGAGGAGCCACCCCGGGCCCCUGCUCCCCAGCACCCUGCAGGACAGCACCCUGCGGGACAGCACCCCGUGGGACAGCACCCUGCAGGACAGCACCCUGCAGGACAGCAUCCCCCAGGACAGCAUCCCCCGGGACAGCACCCGCCCUCUCAGCACCCACCGCGGCCGCAGUCGCCGCUGCCGCCGGCCCACCCGGCCCUGCCCGCCGUGCAGCCCCAUCCCGCCGCACAGAGCCUCUCCCAGCCCCUCUCCGCCUACAACAGCAGCAGCUUGAGCCUCAACAGCUUAAGCAGCAGCAGAAGCAGCACUCCUGCCAAGACUCAGGCCCCUCCUCCCCACAUAUCCCACCACCCCUCGGCCUCCCCGUUCCCGCUGUCCCUGCCCAGCCACAGCCCCCUGCACACCUUCACGCCCACCCUGCAGCCCCCAGCACACCCCCACCACCCCAAUAUGUUUGCCCCUCCCACGGCUCUGCCCCCUCCACCUCCACUGACGUCAGGGACACUGCAGGUUCCAGGACACCCAGCUGGUAGCACUUACUCAGAGCAAGAUCUCCUCCGGCAGGAACUAAACACGCGGUUUUUGGCCUCGCAGAGCGCGGACCGUGGGGCCUCCCUGGGCCCCCCGCCCUACCUGAGGACAGAGUUCCACCAGCACCAGCACCAGCACCAGCACACACACCAACACACACACCAGCACACCUUCACGCCUUUCCCCCACGCCAUCCCACCCACUGCCAUCAUGCCGACGCCAGCACCGCCCAUGUUUGACAAAUACCCUACAAAAGUUGACCCCUUCUACCGUCACAGUCUGUUUCACUCCUAUCCUCCAGCUGUAUCAGGUAUUCCUCCCAUGAUUCCUCCAACUGGCCCCUUUGGAUCCCCAGGAGCUUUUCAACCCAAGACUUCCAAUCCUAUUGAUGUUGCAGCCAGACCUGGGACGGUCCCACAUACCCUUCUCCAGAAAGAUCCACGGUUGACAGAUCCGUUCAGGCCCAUGUUGAGGAAACCUGGGAAGUGGUGUGCUAUGCACGUCCACAUUGCCUGGCAGAUCUACCACCACCAACAGAAAGUCAAGAAACAGAUGCAGUCGGAUCCACACAAGCUGGACUUCGGCCUGAAACCGGAAUUUCUGAGCAGGCCACCAGGCCCCAGCCUUUUUGGAGCCAUCCACCACCCCCAUGACCUGGCCCGGCCCUCCACUCUCUUCUCCACAGCCAGUGGGGGGCAUCCAGCUGGCACCCCUUUUGGCCCACCACCUCACCACAGCAACUUCCUCAACCCAGCUGCUCACUUAGAGCCCUUCAACCGCCCGGCGUCCUUCAGCGGCCUCACCGCCGUGGGCAGCAACGCCUUCGGGGGGCUCGGCAACCCCACAGUCACACCCAACUCAGUGUUCGGCCACAAGGAUGGCCCCAGUAUGCAGAGCUUUAGCAACCCUCACGAGCCCUGGAACCGACUGCACCGAACUCCUCCUUCGUUCCCGACCCCUCCGCCCUGGCUGAAGCCAGGAGAGCUGGAGCGCAGUUCAUCUGCUGCAGCUCAUGACAGAGAUAGAGAUGUAGAUAAACGAGACUCAUCUGUUAGUAAAGAUGACAAAGAAAGGGAGAGCAUUGAGAAAAGACACUCCAGCCAUCCUUCGCCAGCACCAAUCCAUCCAGUAAAUUCCCUCGGACAUAACCGCAGCUCAAGCGAGCAGAUCAGGAGCCAUCUGAACCCCGAGGUCCGGGAGAAAGAGAAACCCAAAGAACGAGAGAGGGAUCACUCCGAAUCCCGGAAGGAAAUUAAUGUUGAAGAGCACAAGGUGAAGGACAACUAUAUUUCGGAGAAAGAAGGCCUGAGCCAUGAAAGCCGAGUGGUGGAAGAGUCUAAGCAGAUGCCCAGGGUUCCUUCCCCCUAUGCCAGGCCCCCUGUUGUGGAGAGCACCAGGCCCAACAGCACCUCAAACCGCGAGGCCGAGAGGAAGAACGAGCCGGCGUACGAGAAUCCCAAGAAAAGCAACGAAGUCAAGGUGAAGGAAGAGCGAAAGGAAGACCACGAUGUUCAGCCUGAGGGACCUCAGACUCAUCGGUCAUCUGAUCAGCCACCACCUGUAUCUACAUCCAACGUCCAUCCAAGUCCUCUAGUGUCUAUGCCCAUGACUGUAGGUGUGACUGGAAUACAUCACAUGAACAGCAUCAGUGGCCUGGAUAGGACUCGCAUGAUGACCCCUUUUAUGGGAAUUAGCCCGAUUCCUGGUGGAGAACGUUUCCCCUAUCCUUCUUUCCACUGGGACCCAAUGAGGGAUCCCUUGAGAGAUCCGUACAGAGAGCUGGAUAUUCAUCGGAGAGACCCCCUGGGCAGAGACUUUUUGCUGAGGAACGACCCCCUUCACCGUCUUUCCACGCCGAGACUGUACGAAGCAGACAGGUCGUUCAGGGAUCGGGAACCUCACGACUACAACCACCACCACCAUCACCACCACCCUCUGUCCGUCGACCCUCGGCGUGAGCACGAGCGGGGCACCCACCUGGACGACCGGGAGCGGCUGCACAUGCUGCGGGAGGACUACGAGCACGCGCGCCUGCACUCGGUGCACCCGGCCGCCCUGGACGGCCACCUGCCCCACCCCAGCCUCAUCACCCCGGGGCUCCCCAGCAUGCACUACCCCCGAGUCAGCCCCCCCACGGCACACCAGAACGGCAUCCUCAACAAAACUCCCCCCACAGCAGCUCUCAGUGCCCCUCCGCCUCUUAUUUCCACGCUGGGACCUCGGCCUGGGUCUCCCAGAAGGACUACUCCUCUGUCCACGGAGAUGAGGGAGAGGCCCCCCUCUCACACCCUCAAGGACAUUGAAGCUCGAUAAGCAGAGUGAGACUGAAUAAAAACCACAGAAAGAGGGACAAAAACGUUGUACAUGAACAUAAUAUAAAGACCUUCUUACUAGUCAUUGCUACAGACUGGGGAUGUGACCCGCUGUACAAUAUGUAUAGACCUGAGUGCAAAGAUUUUGAAAUGGUUCUUUUUGUAUAUUAUAUGUUGAAAUUUUCCAGAUCUUUUAGCCGAGUCCAUACGUUCCUCGUGUCUCCUACUCUAUUUUAUUUCUAGUUUAAGAAUUUCAAUAUUUGAACUGAAGAACAAGGCAUCAAUCGGAGUGAUUUGACUAGAAACAAGCCACCACCAACGUCAACCCUACAAAGCUCUUUCAGACCAGAAAUGAAGUCAAUUGUAGAUAUUUAUGUAAAAAGAUUGCUUCAUGGGUUAAUGGUUCAUAUAUGCAAAAAGGGUAAGAUGAAAGCUUUACUUUGUACAAAUGUAAAUAGAUAAAAUUAAGUAACAUAAUACAUUAAUACUUCUUAAACUGUGCUAUUUGCAAACUUAAUAUUGAUCAACACAGUCUGCUUAUGCUGUGUUACAUAUAUUGUUAUAGACAGCUAAACCCCUUCAACUAUGCAAUGAAUUUAAGGCUUUUCACAAAAGCCUUUAUAACUCAAAGGAGCCUUUUCAACACACAACAUAAUUAAAGUCAUAUUUUCCCUGAACAAGCUCAUUUCUAGUAGGAGCCUCUUUCUCUUGCUUGUUUUGAUGAAGAAACAGCCCGUUAGAGGUGCAGUUUUCUGUCAGAAGCCCUUCAUGAGGCUGCUGAGGUCGCUGGAGCUCGUGUGUCCCUUCCACGGCGUCAGGGUCAGUGCUCUGGAACCACUGAUACUGAAGUCAUGGCCAGUUGGUUUUCAGUCACAUUCAUCUGGGUUAAACAGGAAUAAUCAAAUGCUGGAUCUUUUCCAGAACUUUUGUCACUUAACAUGUCAAAUUUCUUUCUGGAAGAGCAUCUGCUUAUAGCCAUUCAUGUCUGGUUUUAUUGCGGGUGUGUCAUGUUGAUCUGUACACACUCAUUUUUUUUUGUGUUAAGGGAUUUUUAGCUACAUUGAAACAGAUCCUACAAGAAUACUUUUCUAAAUGAUGGAUAUGUUUUCACUGUGGAUCAGUGUUUAAUUAAUGAACUCCAUUGCAGAUUUCAUAAUGCAAUUUAUUGUAUUUCAGUUGGUAAUAAAGUCUGUGAAGAGUUAACAGGCCAGCCUUGUUGUUCCCUAAUCACAGAAGCCAUGAAAUAACAUGAAGAACAUGGUCCUUUUUAAAAAUAUGCAUCAAUCUUCUGAAAUCUUGUCUUUUCAUAGCACACUUUUUUAUAAUGCAUUACGUUUCUUGUCUAAAUAUUUGGAGAGAAUAUGACUUUAUCAGAGAGAAUUCACUAUCUUGUCUACUGGACUGUAAAAUAUAUGUAUGAAAUAAAAUUAGUUCCAUUGGUCUUCUAGUGUAUUAAAGUGCUAUCUGAAGUUGUUACCCUGUUUUGGCAAAAAAAAAAAAAAAAAAAAAAAAGUUAACUACAGACAGUUGUUUCUAAUGAUCAGAGAUCUAUUUUAGUAGUCAACUGAAGGUUUAGUUGUGAGCUUCAGAUUUUGUGAACUCCAGAUGUUGUGCAGUGGUUUCUUUUUUUUCUUUUUUUUUCCUUUUUUUCUUUUUUUUUUUUUUUUUACGAACAAAAGGAAAAUCAAAAAAAAAAAAUCCCAACCCUGAGGAAUAUGUACACUGGAACCGUAGUGGUAGCUUUCAGUAUUGUAAAGAGAUUGUUAUAUACAAACCUUUUUGCUGUUUAUCCUGUAUGUAAUAAAGUCCUUUCUAGAUCCUAUGUGAAAAGCAAAGUGAAGCGGCUCUCAAUCUUCAGCAUGUUUCCUCAUCAGCGAAGACUUGUGUAAUGUAAAUUGUGCCAUGUUAUUAAAAAAUGUGAACUAAA